UUCACAUUUCUUACUCUCUGUUUCUUUCCCACAAUCAAUAAUUCAUUACACACAAACACUAUGGGUUGUGGUAAAUCAAAACCCGCAGAUGUUGCUUCUGGAAACACAACUACCGUCCAGCGCAAGAAGAAUAUUCUAAGCGUACCCACGGCAGAUGUGAAAGAAACCAUUAAGGACCACAAAAUCAGCAACAACACUGUUGAAAUGAAUCAAGCAGAGAAGAAUGAUGUCAAGGAGGAGAAGGAGAAAAAUAAUGGAGCUACUCCUGCUGCUGAUGAGUCCAAAAACAAGAAUGAAGAUAGUAAAAAGGUGCAAGAAGAGGAGAAAUUGGAGAACAAGAGCAAGGAAGGUGAUGCUGCUGCUGCUGUAGAGGAAGAGAAAACAAAGGAAGCUGUUAUUCAAGUUAUUGCUGAUGAGAAGAAGAAGGAGGAGGAUGAUUCAUUGAAGAAAGAGAAUAAUGUUGAAAAGGAUAAUAAUAAUAAUAAUAAUAAUAAGGUGGAGUUUGUUGCUGCUCCUGUUACUGCAGAUGAAAAGAAUGAUGCAGAAAAGAAAGAAGAGCAAGAAGAGAGUGUUGAUGUGGUCAAGGAAGAAGUAUUAACAAGCAAAGAAACAGAGAAACAGGAAGAGGCUCCAAGCAGCAAAGAAACAGAGAAAAGCGAAGAGGCUCCGGCAAAAGAAGAUGGAGAAAGCAAAGACACAACAACGGUAGUUUCAACCUCUGAAGAAGGCCAAGACCAAAAAAAUUGAAAGCUGAGAUGAAGUAUUUGGAUUAUUGUAUGCCACGAACUAUAAUUAAGUUCAUUAUUAAUGUUAAUGUUCAGCUCAUGAAGAGAUAGAUAAACAAAAGAGGCUAUUAUUGU